GGUCAAAGGGAAAGGAAGAAGAAUUGUUCCUUAUAUUUGUUUGUUUUUCAUAUUACAUCCGACAAACUUUUAAAAAAUAACGGAUGAAAAUUUUUAGUUAGAGUUAUAGAAAGCAUAAGGCGAAAUGUCAGUGUGUAAACUGUAAAAGGUCUAUUCAGAGAACGGGAAGAUAGAUUGCAUAUAUCAAAACACGGAUGUAAAAUGUUAUUAACUUUUGCCACAGUAUGUUUGCAAACAUACAAAUUGCAGUAACUCUCAUACACAAAAAUGUAAUUUGAACCCUAAGUAUUCGAAGACUUUCCGAGAAGCCUCACCAAAGAAACAUGUGUACUAUAGCUGUGUUUCGACGCGUCUCUGGCGUAGUGGUAACGCAAGUGUGGUUCCUCCUUCUCCUGGGUGCUCUGCAAGAAAUCAGUCCUCUCAGUAACCCCGUCUUCGGUAAAGUUCGGUACGAAGAAACUUAUCCGUAUUCCGGUUCUGGUGAUGGCAGAAGUGACAUGAACAUUGUGGAUGAUUCUGAGUAUUCCGGUUCUGGUGAUGGCAGAAGUGACAUGAACAUUGUGGAUGAUUCUGAGGCAGGCGGCGACCGUCCACAGAGAGCCUGCACUGGCGAGUUCCUGGUCUUCGCCGGAUCUCCUGGUGUCCUUGCAGGCGGAGCCCAUCCACGUCCUAGGGCGGCUUAA